GCGCGCAUGCGCAGCGGCGGCACCAGCACCACCGUGUUGAUCACGGCCGCGGAAAAUGGCGGUGGCGUCGGCUGGGCCUGAACCCUGAGGCGGUAAACACCAGGCUGACAACACCCCCCUAGGAGCAAGGAAGGUGGCGCCCGUCGUAGAUCGAGCGGAGAGAAAGAAAGAGAGAAACGUGAAUUGGGAUUUUGACGAGGGAAAUAUCCCGGGGAAGGCGGAUUGAGAUGCCCGAGUGCCCCGUUUAACAGCGCAACCCUUCCUCUCUCUCUCUCUCUCUACCCCCCCCCCAACCCCACGGCCCAAGAUGUGGCUCAAGCUGUUCUUAUUGCUCCUCUACUUCCUGGUCCUCUUCGUGCUGGCCCGGUUCUUCGAAGCCAUCGUGUGGUACGAGACGGGCGUGUUCGCCACCAAGUUGGUGGACCCGGUGGCGCUGAGCUUCAAGAAGCUGCGGACCAUCCUGGAGUGUAGAGGUAUCUGCUACGCCGGCCUGCCCGAGAAGAAAGAUGUCAGGGAGCUGGUGCAAAAAUCAGGUGAUUUGAUGGAAGGCGAGCUUUAUUCUGCACUUCGCGAAGAGGAAGCAUCGGAAUCUACCAUUAGCACUGACUUCAGUGGCGAGAUGCAUUUCUACGAACAGGUGGAAGACACUAAGGAUGGGAUAUGGCUGGUCCAAGUUGUGGCUAAAGAUAAAGAUCCUUUAUUGGGCAAGGAACAGUGGCACAAGAUGGUGAAGAAAGUGUCCCAGUUUGGUAUACGUACUGGAGCUUUCAUUUGUUCCAAUGAUCCCAGGUACUGUAGCAAAAGAGAUUGGUUGAAAUCCACACUCAUAAUGUCCAUUCCACAAACUAACACUUCAAAAGGGAAAGUAAUGCUUAAGGAGUACAGUGGACGUAGAAUUGAAGUUGAGCAUAUUUUCAAAUGGAUAAACACCCAUGUGGCAUCUCGAAUUAAAACAAUCAGAAGUCCCAAUCAGCUAAUGGAAGAAUGGAAUAAAAGUGAUCGAUACCUGGUAAAGAUGUAUUUGUUUGCGAGCCUGGACCAGCCACCUGCAUUCUAUUCUGUCCUCAGUGUAAAAUUUACAGGUCGUGUGGAAUUCAUAUUUGUUGAUGUACAGAACUGGAACAGUGACAGCCACAUGAAGGAGAUUGGCAUUGACCAGUUCCCAGCAUAUAUUGUGAAAACUCCUGAAGGUAUCUAUAAAUAUGGAAACACCACAGGGGAGUUUAUAUCACAUCAUGCAAUGGAUGUAUUUCUUCGAUCGUUACAACCUGAAGUAAAUGAUCUCUUUGUCUUGAGUCUAGUUUUGGUUAAUUUAAUGGCAUGGAUGGACUUAUUUAUAACACAAGGUGCAACGAUAAAACGAUUUGUGGUUCUUAUAAGCACAUUAGGAACUUAUAACUCCUUAUUAAUAAUGUCCUGGCUACCCAUAAUUGGUUUUUUGCAGUUGCCAUAUUUGGAAAGCUUUUAUGAAUAUAGUUUAAAAUUUUUGAGAUACGCCAACACGACCACUUUAGCAUCUUGGGUUCGAGCUGAUUGGACUUUCUACUCUUCUCACCCUGCUCUGUUUCUCAGCACAUACCUGGGUCAUGGUUUGCUAAUAGAUUACUUUGAGAAGAAACGAAGACGUAAUAAUAACGACGAUGAAGUGAAUGUGAAUAAUCUUGAAUGGCUGUCAAGCCUGUGGGACUGGUAUACAAGUUACCUGUUCCAUCCAAUUGCAUCAUUUCAGCACUAUCCUCAUAAUUUAGAUUGGGAUGAAGAUCCUAAUUUGUUAUUGGAAAGACUUGCAUUCCCAGAUCUUUGGUUGCAUCCAUUGAUACCAACGGAUUACAUCAAGAACCUACCAACCUGGCUAUUUAAAAGUAUUACGGGGCAUUCUGAAGAUGAAGUGAUUGAAAGCUGGCAGGAGACUGAAAGUGAUUCUGAAAAUGAAAGCCAUGAAGUGUGCAAUAAAUCAGGAAAAAGUGCUAAUGAAGAAGCUAGCGGAUGCCUGGCACCUGCACAAGGAAAAGUGCAAGCUAAUGAAGACUUGAAUAUCAGUGAAGUAAACUCCAGCAACGUUUGUCAAAGCACACCAAAAUUGCACAGAAACACGAACGUCACUGAAGAUGACGAGCCAGAUUGGUCUGCUUGGCCCAGUAACAUGCUGCAUUGCUCGGAAUGUGUGGUAUGCUUGGAGAAUUUCAGAAAUGGCUGCUUAAUAAUGGGACUACCCUGUGGUCACGUGUUCCACCAGCAAUGUAUUGUGGUCUGGCUGGCAGGAGGAAGACACUGCUGCCCUGUGUGCCGAUGGGCUUCCUACAAAAAGAAGCAUUGUUUUGUCAGAUAAGAACAAUAAUUCAACAAUGUUUUAAGACAAUAUUUCAGGCUCUUAAAUAUCUAAUACUUAAUAUGCAUUGUGGUGUUUGUUGUUCAUGUUCGUGCUUUUAUGUGGUUUCAAUUUAGUUUUUAUGUAGAAUUUAUUUUGAGCUGAUCCAUGGUAUAACUACACUAUGUUGACUGAUGAGUCUAAUGCCAGUCUUGUUUAUUUCUGGAUGCUUUACAACAAUAGCACAAUAAAUCUUGUUAAUUCUGUUUUGGUAUGUUCAACCAUUAAAAUAUGACCAACCGGAGAAUGAAAAAGACCUUUCAAUUUGGCAUUUGUUGGAGAAAUAUUACAUUAAUUAAAUAUUAAAAGAAUCAAUUUACAGACUUAUUCAAAAUAAUUUCCUUUUCUGGUUACAGAAUAUUGGGUGGUAUUUCUUUACCUAAAUCUGGGGACAGCUCAUGAUCAUUUUGAGGUGCAAAUCUUAUUGUAAAAGGGGUCAAUAAAAAAUUAACAUAUAUCAUUAAUUUUGAAGCAUUUUUUUGCAGACAAUUUCAAGAAACCCACGACAUUCAGACGUUAUUUGAAAUUGGAAUAAAAACUUGGUUCAGUGAAAGAUUUCACACUAUACUAAGAUGCUUAUAUUGCACUUUAACCCGCAACUCUACUGAAUAAUUAAUAAGUUGCAUUUAUUAUCAAUAUACAUGCUCAAUUAUCUAUAUUCUUUACUCAAAUCAUUAUUUUAAAAAUUAAAUAUUUUUAAGGUGGCCAAUGUCCCAUAAUAUAGAUGGCACUGAUUAAAAAUACGUAAGUUCGUGUAGCAAUUAUGUUAGCCAUAGAUAAAGCCAAGAUUGUCAAAGUUUAUAUAUCAUAAGUGAAAUGAAGAACUGAAAGUAAAAUAUAUAAAAAGAUAGGGGCUCUUUAGAAAUUUGAGUCUGACUGAGAUGCCUUUUCUCAUUUGGCAAAAAAAUAGUGACUUCCAUGAAUGGAUCCUUUGGACCUUGCAAUCUGUUAGUACCCUUAUUGCAUUUUAUCUUGUUAAACAAUAGCACAUCUCCUGUACUGGAUUUGGUGAUGUCAUGUGCAGUAAUGUAUGCUUCUAUCCUUUGGAUGUUGAAGUUAUGCUCUGGGGUCACAGGGUAGAUUUACAAGGCAAUAAUACGGAAUACGUAGCAAAUCAUUUUCACGGUAAACUGUAUUUAUUUUCUACAUUUCCUUGUAACAACUGAACAAUAAACACUUUCCUUUGA